UCAGGCAUUGUGCGCCUUCUCCUCUCAGUUCUCUGCGUCUUCACGAUGUCAGGCGGCGUCUUCCUUCUGAAGGCAUUUGCUCUUGCGACCCUGGCAUCCUGGCUGAUCGCGGGAGAGCAUGUGAAAGACAGAGCGUGUCCUCCUGCUAGGAACCCGUGCCGAGACUUGUGCCAGGGUGACGACUCGUGUCCAGAUGGGCACAAGUGCUGCAGCACGGGCUGUGGGCGGGUGUGCGAGGAGGCACCUACAGGGAGGAAAGGAGAUUGUCCCAGGGUUGUCUGGAAGCAGUUCUGUUUUAAGAAGUGUGUCGGGCCGGCGCCUUGUCCCGGAAAAAAAGUGUGCUGCACGUUUGGCUGCAACAAGAGCUGCGUAGGCCCAGUCUCUGAACAGAAGCUGGCAGAGCUUGGCGCUGAGUGUCCUGCUGACCCCCUUCCCUGUGGGGAACUGUGUGAUGGGGACCUCUCCUGUCCCCAGGGGCAUAAAUGCUGCAGCACCGGUUGUGGCCACGCCUGCCGUGGAGACAUCGAGGGAGGACGAAGUGGUGUUUGUCCGAACAUUCUGGUGGGCCUGUGCAUCGUCAACUGCAUGGUGGAUGAGAACUGUCAAGCUGGGGAGAAGUGCUGCAAGUCAGGCUGUGGCCGCUUCUGUGUUCCGGCAGUGCUGCCGCCCAAGCUGACCGUGAACCCCAACUCGACAGUCAGGUCUGAUUCUGAAUCAGCUCCCUGAUGAUGCACCUGAGAAAGCAGCAGAAGAUGGCCUAAGGGCUUGGAAGAAGCUCCAGGACGAAGAAGCUCCAGGCUACUGACGUUGGCAUGGCACAGCCUGGGCCAUUGCAGCCAUUCAGGGAGUGAACAGUGGAUGGACGAUCUCUCUCUGUCUGUCUCUCCCUCUCUCUCUGCAAUUCUGCCUUUUAAGCAAAU